AACUCUCGGACCUUUCGUUUCGGCCAGCUUCUAAAUUUUCCAAAUUCCAAAUUUUUCUUCCAAAUUAAUUUGACCAAAUAGACGCUCGACGGGCUCAAGAUGUGUGACGGAUGUGGAUCGUUGGAGCCGCGCGGAUGCCGCAGUCGGGAGUUACGAUGCGGCAUCAUGUACACCACUUGCGACUGCGUGAAGCGGAACGGUCUGCAGGACAAGUGCCCGCGGUCCGCCUGCCAGGGCCGACCGGCCUGCCUGUGCUUCCCCUUCCCCACCUGCGGUCCGGCGGCAUUCCCGCUGCGCUACGCUAACAUGAUGAUGGGCGUGAACAAUAAGCGUAUGCGCUGUGCCGCCACUGGAGCACCAAAUGGCGGUGCCGGAUGCGGUGGACGCGUUGCCGGCGGCUGCUGUGGAUGCGGUCCCUGCUGCUGUAAUGUAUCGCCCUGCUGUGGCCCGCACAGUCCUCCAUGCUGUGGCUCGCACAGUCUUCCAUGCUGUGGCCCGCACAGUCCUCCAUGCGGAGCUCCGUCGCCCAUUCCUUGCUCCUCUGCUCCGGGCAUGUGCUGCCCUCCGCUGCCUGAAGGCGGCAUUCCCGAUCCGCGUGUCUGGAACUACUAUAACGCACCUGUGACGUACCCAUGUAAGUCCGGUCCAGGUCCGUCCACCUGUCCGCCUGUCUGUCCGUCUGCUUGUCCAUCUGUCACGGCGCUGGGCGUCCGUAGAACGUAAAAACCAUGGAGCGGAGGAGCACGAGGCAUGCCCAAGGACUUUGCAGGUCACAGCAUCUGGAACAUGUGCUUGUGGUGACGCUUCAUGUCCUUUUGCAGGAGCUUUAUGCCCACUACGCUGAUCCGUCAACAAUGAUAGCAUGUCCUGGGCUUUGUGAGCGUAGAGGUAGGAUCCAUGGACCAAAUGCUGUUGCCAGGCCCCAAAUCCUUCAUGACCCUUUGACCUCCAUCCGCAUCCUGUCGCGUGGCUUAUAAGUAUUUCCUGGCAAGUGUUUCGAUCGGAUCCUGAUAUGGGCCACUUCCUUGGCGGGACAUGUUGUCGUUUUGUGACGUAGUUUUGGUUGAUAAAAAAUUGAAGUUGGCUUAAAUCAAGAUUUAGCCAGCUGCGGAAUACCCAUUACUAGAAGGGCUCGAAGCUAUUUGGGAACCCAUGUGCAAUUCGUCAGACGGUCUUGAUUUAAACACAAAAUCAUAUGUUGGUAUCUGGAAUCUAUUUGGCAUUAAAUUACAAAUAAAC